AUGGACAGAAUGCUUACAUCCACAUCAGCCGCACUUCCAAUAACUCCUGCUUCUAUUCUUCAAGGCGUAUUGAUAUGCGGUAUUAUUUGGGCAUUGUGGCACAGCCCCGUGCGACGCUUAUUCGUGAAAUCUCCGUUGGACAACAUACCGGGACCUGCAUCUAAGUCUUUCUGGACAGGCAAUCUCUCAAAUUUCGUGGCCCGUGAUGGAUGGGAUUUGCAUGCCGAUAUAUCUCGUAACUAUGGUUCCGUUGUGAACAUGAAGGGCUGGCUCGGGCAACCGGCAUUGUACAUCUCCGAUCCAAAAGCGCUGCAUAGCAUCAUAGUGAGGGAUCAAUACAUCUAUGAAGAAACACCGACAUUUCUCAACCUCAACUAUCUCUUGUUUGGUCUGACAUUGGGCGCCACGCUAGGUGACGCUCAUCGCAACCAGAGAAAAAUGCUGAACCCGGCGUUCUCCGCUGGACAUAUGCGCGACUUGCUCCCGAUGUUUUAUGAGGUGACUGCCAGGUUGCGCACUGCAAUCGCUUCCCGUGUAACGAGCGGAUCUCAAGAGCUGGAUAUGCUGGGCUGGAUGGGACGCACCGCUCUUGAGCUAAUUGGGCAAGGCGGUUUUGGCUACUCCUUUGACCCUCUCGUAGAUGAUGCUUCCGAUGAAUUCGGAGAGGCGCUGAAGUCAGCUUUCUCGCUUGCCUACUCUAUGGGCCUCCUCCGAUAUUUGCUGCCUCUACUUACAAAGUUGGGCCCGCCUGGAUUUCGCAGGCGUCUAGUGGACUUUGUCCCGAACAGGCGCCUGCAGAGGCUGAAGAUAACCGUUGACCUCAUUCACAGAAGGUCGACGGAGAUCUUCAAUGAGAAGAAGGCCGCUCUCCUAAAGGGCGAUGAGGCAGUCUCGCAGAGGCUUGGGAAAGGGAAAGAUAUCAUAAGCAUUCUGAUGACAGCGAAUAUGGAGGCCAAGUCAGACGAGAACCAACUUCCGGAGGAAGAGUUGAUUGCGCAUAUCUCCGGACUCACGGCUGCUGCAGUGGACACGACGUCAAAUACACUCGCUCACAUCCUUCAGCUUCUCGCACAACACCCGGAUGCCCAAGCCAAGCUACGCGAGGAGAUCGUGCAAGCGCGGGGCGAGGAUGAAUUUUCGUACGAUCAGCUAAUGCAACUCCCGUACCUGGAUGCCGUGUGUCGUGAAACAUUGAGAGCAUAUCCACCUGUCACCAUAGUGGAUCGACAAACUAGGAAAGAUAUAGUCCUUCCGCUGUCUGAACCUAUCCGUGGCAUCGACGGCGAGACAAUGAGCGACAUACUGGUUCCUAACGGCACCCACGUCUUCAUCGGCGUGGAAGGCUGCAACCUGAGCAAGACUCUUUGGGGCAAAGAUGCGCUGGAAUGGAAGCCCGAACGGUGGCUAUUGCCGCUCUCUAGUACUGUCAGCGAUGCCCACAUUCCCGGCGUGUAUUCCAAUCUGUUGUCAUUUUUGGGCGGCGGACGAGCAUGCAUAGGCUUCAAGUUCUCCGAGUUAGAGAUGAAGGUCGUUCUGUCCGUUCUUUUACCGACAUUCACUUUUGAGUUGACUGACAAACCGAUCGUGUGGAAUGUGUCGGGAAUUGGCUUUCCUACCGUUGGCAAUGUGAGUACCAAGGCGGAGCUUCCGUUAAAGGUUGGGCUAUUUGCCAAGUAG